AUGACGUUUCAUAGCAGAUCGGAAACAACGGUUUUGUUUUCUCUGGCCAAUUUUUGUCUAUCAUUUUUCCUUGUACUUUUGGUUGUCGUUGGUAACAAUGGUGUCGGUGUCAGUGGGACGAAGAAGCGAGUUCACAUUUCUGACGACCUCGAUGAUGUCGAGGACAAUGAGGAGGAUCAGGCGUGGAUAGAAUGGGGACAAAAGAAGAAAAUGACGGUGGAAGAAUUUGAUCCGCCACCGGAAAAUUUUUCCGAUAUGGAUUUUAGUCAGAUGCAAAACGAGGUUCUGAAACGGCAGGUUGGACAAGCGUAUGGCUUCGUUAAGCUUCGGUUAACUGAUCAUCGUACUCCGGAUAUGGUAUCUGAUAUUGCAGUGAAAUGGACCCAACUUGCAAGAACCGGAGCAAUUGGAGUCAUUUUCAUGGGUUUUGAUCUUUCCACUGUAAUGUUCACAUUACAAAAUGCCCAAAACACUUUAGAGUUUAAAGAUUUUUUAUUGGAUCAACCUGAAGCAUAUGAGAUUAAGAUGGGGGAUCAGUUUUUUCGAAGACCCGGGGAUCCUCCAUUUGACAAUCUUCUAAAAAAACUUCAUGAAGAAGAAGACAAGAAAAAGAUCGCUACUUCCUCCAACGAUACUAUCACCAAAGAUGAGUUAUGA